UGUGUGUAAUUAUACAUAAGAAAUUCAAUUUUUCGUUCAGAACUUUACAUUAAAAAUUUCCUAUAUAAAGAAAUUAUAUUAUGUAUAUUAUCGGAAAUUUCUUUCAGGCGUUAAAUAUUCUUUAUUACGUAUUAUACAUAUAAAACAUUCUGACUUUUCUUAGAUUUUUAACGAAUAUAAUUUAAAAUUAUCCCCCCCCCCCCAAAAAAAACUCUCGAAAGUUAAGAGUUCCUCAUAUCAAAAGGAAAAAAUUGAAAAAAAAAAUCCUUGCUGCUGGCUUCAAGAAGAGCUUUUAAGAACCUUAGAAGAGUCUCUUUUGAUUUUCAAAAUAGCUUAUUUUCAAAGAAGACCCUUUCUCUCUACUUUCUUCAGCCUCGCUCCUCAUCCGCAAAGUCCGUUGAACUUGCAUGACGUACUCGCGAUGAGUCGACGAAAAAGUUAGAGCUGUACCAGGCGAACGCACGUUACUCGCACACAUGUACACGCACACGGUGAAAAGUGUGCCGUGACCUCGAACAAGGUCCCGUUAUCCUAGGCUUCGCCUUGAACGUCUUCGCCUUCGCAGUCUUGACUCGGAAGUCAAGCCAAGAUGAUGAUACCACUGCUUAUCGCCACCUUCCUGGUCAACUUUCCUCAUCAGCUCGCGCAAUCAGAGGCGAACAAUGGAUUAAUCAGAAUUGCUGCGGUGCUAGGGGCCUCGGUGCUGCCCGUUGGACUCGCCGCCGGACCCAGAUAUGUUCCAAAAUGGAAGAAGCAAGCGUGUGAAAUACCAGCAUCCCAACAUCCGAAUUCGCAUUACAUUUGCGACGAAGCCGGCGAAGUGAAGUGUUUGCCAGGAUGGACCGGAGAUCUUUGUGAUGUACCGAUUUGCCGCAAGGGUUGUGAUCCCCUUCAGGGUUACUGUCGGCGACCAGGAGAAUGUCGAUGCAAACUGGGUUUCUACGGCGAUCUAUGCGAUAAAUGCGUAGCUUUACCGGGAUGUCAGCAUGGAAGGUGUAACGUGAGCUUCGAGUGCUCCUGCGAUCCAGGUUGGAAAGGCAUGUUCUGUACCGAGCCCAUUUGCGCGCCCGAUUGCCUCCCCAAUCAAGGUUACUGCGAGAAACCCGGCGAAUGCAGAUGUCGUUUGGGUUGGCAAGGGCCCAAGUGCAAACAGUGCGCGGUUCUGCCGGGUUGCGCCCACGGGACCUGUCAAGGGCCCCUCGAGUGUCGAUGUGAUCCGGGUUGGACCGGACUGCUUUGUCAAACACCGAUCUGCGCGCAAGGAUGCAGCCGGGAACACGGCGGCUGCAGGCGACCGGGCACGUGUAGAUGCCGCGUCGGCUGGACGGGACCCAAUUGUACCGAAUGCGUGCCGUAUCCCGGAUGCGUGCACGGAUCUUGUAAACGACCAUGGGACUGUCGAUGCGAGCCCGGCUGGACCGGCGAUCUGUGUAACGAAAAGCUCACUUAUUGCGACGAGCAUCCUAAUGUCUGUCGAAAUAACGCUACGUGCAUCAGUAUGACUCAAGAGGAUGGUGAUUACAGAUGUGUCUGUCCCCUGGGCUACAUGGGCCGACAGUGCCAGAUCAAAACUGUAAUGCCAUCCAUGGAUUUAACACCACCGAUGCCCGACGCUACCAUCGAAUUAUCACAAGAUCAAGAUCUCGCGGACAAGCCGAGCAUCGAAGAAACUUCGAACGAGGACAAUCAAGGGAUGAAACCUCCUAAGGAAGAAGAACAGACCGCGGAACCUCUUGGACCCAUCGUGAUCACGGAUCCACCGACCACUACCAUCGUACCGGAUCCGGCCGCGACUGCGGGAAAAUGGCCAACGGAAGCGGCAACGACUGAAAGAGACGACGAGAACGAGACAUAAAAUUGAACAAGCACACGAACGUCAAUUUAUUUAUUUUGUUAUUUAUUUAUUUAUUUAUUUAGAGCCGUGCACGAUAAAGAAUUUCUCGAAAACAAUUCAAUUUCUGUUCUGUCUUAUGCGAUAAUCAUAUAGAUUAUCGCAUAAGUUAAAAGUGUCUUGAAAGAAAUUGUUAUUUUAUAAUAUUAACUGGUAAAUUUGAUCAUAUAAUUAACAAUUAUGAAGUGCGUGCACGAUAUUAUUUGUGUUUGGAGGUAUCUAUUGGAAUUGAAGGAAACAAGGACUUUAUUUUUCUAGCUUUUUCAUUAUCUUUUUAUUUACUGUUUAUUACUUUUCACUCUUAUUGUUAAUAAAAAAAAAAGCAAAUAAAACAGCGGGAAUACCUUACGAUUAUUUUUUUGUCAUGAAUUUCUAGAAAUUCCUGAAAUAAAAACUUGUCCUAUGAAAACCGACGGACAUUUCUCGUUUUAUCUAUUGAAUUUCUUCGCCAUUGUGUGGGCGAGAGAUCCUGGAUCGCGAUCUCGACUGGCGAAACAAGGAUUUUCGAGAAAGCUGUCCGACUAUCUCUGGAACCAAUUAUUGCUACGUCCAGUAGACGUAAGUAGGAUGUAAGACGCAAGAUACCUGGAGUGUAUCCUACGAAUAAGAAGAGAGAGAGAGAGAAAAGAGAAAAAGAGACACACACACACACACACACACACCGAGUCCGCGCCUGGAUACAUAAACCGCUCUCAAAGUCACGCUUCGGUGAUCACACGUUCGAUUUGAUCCCUCGAUUGUGCGUGUGCAUGUGCCGUUUUAUAGAUACGCCGCUGCGAUCGGCUUCCCACAUAAUCGAGCGCAGCCAGGAGAGUUACAUGCAUCGCUUACGUAAUACCAACGUCGGCUGCAUUUCUCCCUCCAUUUCGCCGGAUAAAGGGACGCCCGUGGAAUACGUGAGAAACCGAAUAUCGUGUUGCGAUGUAAUUGCUUUCAGAAAAAUAAUGUCUAUCUUUCAUCGCGUCUUAUAUCUUUGCAUUAUAAUUUACUCCUUGCUUAAAUUUCAUGUCAUAAUUAUUUAUACAUCGUAAAAUUAAAUAAAUGAGUUGUUUCUAGCUAAAAUAUAAGUGUAAUUAAAUUAAAGGCUGAUAUGUUAAUGUAAUUUAACGACUAAAGGAGUUAUUGGAAUUUCUCUAUUUCUUUCUCUUUCUUUUAUUUUCUAAAGAGGUUUAAUUACGGGAUUAAAUAAACGUUCACUUGUUAUAUAAUUAUAACAAAUAAACAUUUAUUUAACCUUUAAUUAAACCUCUGACAACGUAGAUUAUAAGGUUUACAUUUGUUAUAAUCUUAAUUGGAGAUUGCAUUACAUCACAUUAUGUGGACUUUUUGCAAACUGUCAAACGUUUUGUCUACAAGUUCUUUGAUCAAUUUAAAAUCAAUUUCUUUUUAAUAAAAUGUAAAAAAGAUUGAUAUUUCUCGGAAGUUAUUAACUUUCUAGAUAUAAUCUAGAUAUAAUCUAAAUAUUUUAAAUAAAUAAUAAACUAAUAUAAAUAAAUUUAUAUAAACUAAAUAGAUUUAAUCUCAAAUACUCUUUCUCUCUAUUAUAAUCCUAGCAAACAAAGUGACAUUAAACAUGACAUUUCAACGAUGUCUUAUUAAUGUUGGAGACAUUUUUUACGAUAUUUUGUUUGCUCGAAUAAAUAAUUUCAAAUAAAUUAAAUAUCUUUAUUAUUAAUUUUCUUGAAGAUAUAAACUUUUUACACGCAUGCAAAGCAAACUACAUUAAAAAUUAAAUCUUUUUUUUAACAUUUACUAUCUACUUUUACCUUCAAAAAUUUAGUUUCUUUGUAAAGAAGUUCUUAAUUUUACAUCUUAAAUAAUUCAUAAUUUAGAAAUUAUCAAUUUGUUAACGAUACGAAAGAUAACGAGAUAACAUCUUUUUAAAAUAGAAUUUAAUUCUUUUAAAAAUUUGACUGUAGAAAUAAGACGAAAAUCGAUAGAACACCCUGUAUGUUGAAGUUAAAACGAAGCAUGAAGCGCGUUCAAUCUACUCUCCUUUAUGAUAUAUUGAUUAGCCUCCAGGUACCGAUUAAACCUACCAAUUCCACAUCUUUUGUUGCACAUUUUAACGAUAAAACUGAUAAAGUAACUUUCUACACUGUUACGAUACGCAUAUAUAAAAUGCAAUAGCACGCUGCUAUUUUCAUUCUAAUCAUUCGCGGAAUGUCGGAGGGGGGGACGGAGUUUAAUUUUUUUUCUAUGAAUCCACAUUCUUACUUACUACUCGCCCAGACCAAAUCAUUAAAGAAAUUGUGUUCAAGAUACUUUGAAGUUUUAACAAAUAUUGUAGAUUUUCGUUUUUCUCGAUGUAGGAAUUUAAUGGAAUUAAAUCUCAACUAUUUUUUUUAAUUUUAAUAACUCAAUAUUAAUAUAAAGAGAGACAAUAUGAUAUACGUAGAACAGCAAUAAGCAAUACAAUCAACUAAUUGGAAAUUU